UUGGGGGCGCCAUGGAGAGACCAGGGUGAGGGCGAGGGCGCGCUGGCAGACCCAGAGGGCUUCCAGGAGGAGCAGGAAGUGGCAGAGGCGGGAGGGCUAGUGUUUGGGGGCCGGGAAGGCCGGUCUGAUAUCCCAAGCGAUAAGAAGGAUCUGGACUACGAGUCUGUGAUGGUCGAGCCGCCACUGAGCGACUGGGAUGUCCGGGGCGUCCGCAGACUCGCGUCCCCAGAGAGCCGCGACCCUGAAGUGUCCACCAUCUGGGCGGACCUAGAGGCAGGUCCCGGCGGCAGAGGCGCCCUUGCCGCUAGCUGCGUGGCCUCUCGGCAGGCUUCUGCCACCCCUCCUCGCCCCAGCGUGGCCCCGAGAGGCCGGGCCUGGGGGAACCCGGUGAGAAGCGCUAAGAGUAGGUUGAGCAUCAGCGUGGACCUCCCGCAGCACUCCGUGGAAGGUGUAGUCGGGCUGCCUUCUGACCCCGAGUCCUCAGAUGAGUGCAGUGAGGUACAGAUGAUGAGGGUGAGCAUCUACCCCAAAGAAGGCGGCCGAGGCGAGCUGGACAGCCCCGAGGAAUCUGGAGACACACCCAGACACUCGAAUUUCCUUGUCAGGGAGAAUUUCCUUCAGGUGCCAGGCUCUUUCCUGACCUCUGCUACCCGAGGACUCACCUCAGCCAUGGAAAGACAGGCCUUUGGAGAGCUGGACAGCUCUUCCUCUAAGAAAAUGCCAAGCGUGCUCUGGAGGAAGGGAGAGAGCAGGCCUAGCUGCCCAGGACCCGCUGCUGCUGCUGCUGCUGCUGUUGGGAGCAACCUGCCCCGGGCCACUCCUAGGAAGAAGGUGGCCCAGGAGAAGAAGUCCCCAGGGAGUGCCUCAAAAUUCGCCGUGGGGAGAGUCUUUCCUUCCUGGGGGCAGAGGCUCUCGGUUGUUCCCCUGGAACCGGCCACCUUCCCCCCGAUCUCUGGUGUACCGCUGCUUGGGAGGUCCAAGGAGUAUUCCUUGCGGUCAUCUGGACCCCCCCAGUCCAAGCACAGCGGCGCUGGGAAGAAAUCUGCGGUGAGGAAGGCAAAGGAGUACCAGCCUGUGGUCAGGGAAGAUAAUGAGCCAAAGAGAGAUCCAGUCCCAAGGGCCCAACCUCCAACACACAGGCCAGGGCCACCUUGCCUGUGGGUGUAUCGUGGAGAACUCAAAAGUGGCAAACCCAACACCGGAGACCUCCAAGUUCCAGGAAACUCACGGGCCUCGGCCUUGAGCCAGGGAGGCAUCAUGCCCAGAGGCCCUUCAUCGUCCGGUGAUCAGGGACCACCUGUCCAGACCCGAAGACUGGAAAGGCAGCAGCAACAGCCACCAGGAGCACAGGGCUGUCCUCAGUGUCUGCUGCUACAGAGGGAAAUAGACGACCUUAAGGAGCAACUAGGUAUGAUGAACCCCUGGCUGGGGCGGGGGAAGGGACAGACCAAGACCACAGUGUCUUACUUCCGGUGCUGGGGACACGGGGAAAUACUGGGCUACAGGUGCAGGCAGCAUCACUGGGACCGACGUUUCCAUUGGGAGGAGGACCGAGCAGGCCUGGCCCUGGAGCCUGCUGUGCAUUUCCUAGAGCUGGGGGUGUGCACGGAUAGCAGUGUAUCGGGUUGGACCCAGCAUCAUGUACGAGACAAACAGCUGGCAGCUUUGGAGCCCAGGAGCUGCGACCAUACUGGUUCCCCCCGUUUCUUCUUCUGCCAGGGCUUCCUCUCUUGUGCUGCUUUUGCCCUGCCCCCACCUCAGUUUACAGUGGUUUCAAAUUAA